UGCUUUUUGCGCUGGCAGCCAGUCUUUACCAAUCUGUUUCCAGUGUUGCCGAGCACGGACGAGCACCGGGAAAGUCGGAAACGGAACGGGACCGGUAUGAAACGUCCGUUCAGCCCAUCAGCUCUGCCCAGCACCGAGCUGGACAGGAGGGGGUUCGGCGCCGCGCUGGGAGCUCAGAUGGACGUGGAGCCUUGCUGCGAAACCCAGGAUGAUGGCGCGGUACCAGACGAGCAGUCACAAGGGGGCGUCAUGCCCUCUGCACUCUACAGACCCAAAAGGGAGAGGAAGCAGCGGAGCUACACAUUGUGUGAGGUCUGCAACAUCCAACUCAACUCAGCCGCUCAGGCCCAGAUUCACUACAACGGCAAAUCCCACCAGAAGAGACUCAAGCAGAUCAGCAAUGGCAAGAUGCCAAGCAACACAGGUGUGGCCUUAAUAUCAAGGAGGGUGAGUGACCAAUCGAACCUGAGUCUUAUGGGUACAUCCGCCCAGGGCAGCCCCCUCCUGGCUUCCCUCCCCGUCCCGGGACGGCCCCUGCAGCCUCAGCUCGACCUCAAACAGCUCCUGCCCUUCAGGCUCAAUGGAUCCUCCCCCCUCAGCCUCUUCCCCAACUUUAACACGAUGGACCCUGUCCAGAAGGCAGUGAUCAACCACACAUUCGGUGUCCCCCAGCCCCUCAAGAAGAAACAGAUUAUCUCCUGCAACAUUUGCCACCUGCGCUUUAACUCAACGAACCAAGCAGAAGCCCACUAUAAGGGCCACAAGCACGCCCGGAAACUCAAAGCCAUGGAGGCCCAGAAGAACAGGCAGCGGAGAGCCGGGGAGGCCUCAUCCACGGGGAGGGAGAGGGACCGAGACAGAGAGCGGGAACGGGAGCGGGACAGGAGCAAGACAUCGACGUCCGAGGCGGCUCUUCCCGUGCUCAUGGAUACGAGCUUAGUGGAGGGAACAAGUCUUCAAACUGAUUUAGAACCAGCCAACCUGGAGGCGAAGCUCGAGGAGAGUCCCAGGAGCUCAGUUAUGCUGACGCCAGUAUCAGAGGUUUCCUCUGUCGAGUUGGUCACCCUCUCCCCUCCUCAGAUUUCGCCUUCCUCACAGCUCUCUGAAACUGCCUCAGACACCAGCGCCCCCGAAGCCCCUGAAGCCCCUGAAGCCCCAGAGGCCACCGAGGCCGCGGGCCUGAAUACUGAGUCAGGCAGCCAUGCAGACACGUCCAGCACAAAUGGAGAGCCACAUACAGAUGAGGACAAGGAGCCCAAGAAGAGCAAGGCUCACCUCCAUUGUCCUGUUUGUAAAGUGACAGUGAACUCUGUCUCCCAACUGGAAGCACAUAACAGCGGUACAAAGCACAAACUGAUGCUGGAAGGUCACAGUGUUCUGCCACGACGCAGAGGGAAAGUGGUGGCAGCUCGUGCUGGGUGCAAGAGCAAGCGGCUGGGCAGCAAAGGCAGCGUCGGGGUUCCCAGCAAGAACUUCCAGUGUGAAGUGUGUGAGAUCUUUGUGAAUUCUGAGACCCAGCUGAGCCAGCACAUGAAUAGCAGAAGGCACAAGGACAGGCUGGCCGGAAAACCACCCAAACCCAAAUUUACCCCCCACAGCAAGAGCCAGCCAAGCUCCAGCUUAGCGAACGUGAGAUGGAGUGGCUAUGCAGGCGUGGCUGUGUCUGCCAUGAAGAAAGCAUUCAGCCAGUACAACCUCACCUCCCUCUCCUCGCAGACCAAACUGGCCUUGCAGAAGCAGCUGACCAAGAGCUUGACAACUGGCUUCCUGCCCAGCCCCCUCACCCCGCCAACUCUGUGCACAGUGGCAACUAACCCGCUGGCUCUGCGCCACCCAGUGGGCACCACCACCUUCAUUCAGACCCCCUUCCUGGGCCCUGCACUGUUUCGGCCUGCCCCGGGGCCACUGAGGGCCACACACACACCCAUCAUCUUCUCCCCCUACUAAAGACUUAACCCACUUCCCAUUUGAGCUCCUCCCCUGUCCCCUUACCAAACCCCAGGCCCAACUUUAGGUGUGACCCACAUGACAGAGGCCACACGCAAACUAUGCAGCCCGCCUGACUUACGAUGGAACCAGUGCACAAGUCCUGACGCUCAGACAGCCACGAGGCCUGAGAGCUGUUCCUAUCACAAAGGCCAAGAUCCCCUAUCAUGCCUUCUUUCUGCUCCUCUUAUCAUGACCUACGGAGCAGGACAGGCCUCCAGACAGUGACUGGUGCACAGAGGCCGCUUUUAUAGCCAUUUCAUGGGUCAACAUGGUUUGGAUUAUGGAUAUUAUUGUGUAAUUUAUUAGAGAACAAAUAUAGACAAGUCUAGAUGUAUGUUUAGUGUGGUUGCCACAAAAUAAGGUCCCUUUACUUGAUGCUCUUUUAAAAUGUUUUUAACUUAUUGGUUUUGGGGUUUUAUGAAAGACGGGAUGAUCAUACAUUAGGUCAUUAAAACAGCUGAAACUGAGGUGUACUCCUGUAUGACUGGACAAGCCAGUCUCAUUGAUCUGUGUUUUCUAGCAAACUUAAUGCUGUCACUCUGCAUCUUGGACAUGGCUAUUAUCAAACAACUCUCUAUACAAAUACCCCUUCAUGUGGAUCGAUAACUCCAUAUGCUAAAACCUCAUUAGCUUCAUUUUGCAUCUCCAGCCCUCUCCCUAAAACUGCUUCCCCAAGCCCUUAAAAACAUUUCCUCCUCUCUUUCUUUCUGAGUCACAGCCAUAGUCAGAGUCCUCCAGAUUUUUUUCUUCCUUUCCUGUAUCCCCAGGAUUAAACACUCAUUAAGGUCCAGAAAAGGUCAGCUUGUCAACUUGACUUUGUUUCAAUUUGUAAAUCUGUCUCUUUUUUUCUUUUUUUGGUCCAGUGCAUCAUUCACGCAAUGCAGCUUGAACAUCAUGUUCUCGCCAAGCUAGCCGCAUGAAAACAUUUUUGCAGCUACAGACGUCUUACAUUGCAAAAUGCCAUCAUUUCUUUCCCCAUGUGACUCUUUGUCUAUUCCUAAUUCCUCCUUCACCCCGCUGUCAUCACCUCGCUGUUGCUCCUUGUUUCUCUCUGGCGUUAUCUCUGCAUGAGAUGAUGAGGAGCAGGGAAAGCCUCCCCCCAACACACACACACACAUAAUUGCACACAUGAUGAAAACGCAACGGAUAACUUGAAGACCUGAUGGGAUUUCAGAGCUCAGUGAAAAGUUUGGGUGACAGUAGGUGGGGAGGCUGCUCAGCUGGUACUUGAUUGACAUCCUGUUGCAGUGUCUGCAUACAACGUAGGAGGGAACAAAGAACAGUGCCAUGGCAACCACAUUAAGAGCACCUUAAAACUGAUUUACUUACAAAAGCAAUGAAAAUUGUGUUGAUAUUCACCUUUUUUUUUUUGCUCUAGUUGUGUGUUUAUACAAUCCCAUGUUUAAUGUCGGUGAGAAUUUUGCUUUGGAACAAAAAAAAAAAAACAAUCAGGUGAGAAUGAUCAUUUUAUGGUUCAUCCAUAACUUAGACAAAUCUCACAUUUAAAGCAAUACAUUCGGUAUGUUUAUGUUUAUGAUGUGUUUUCAGUGUGUCAAUGGCUUUAUCUAUUCUAUACUGUACACACCUGUAACGAUGUAUUACGUACUCAAACAGCCAAGGGCCAACAAAUGAUGAGUUGCUCUGACGGGUGCUGCCCUUGGUGCUUGAUGCUCAUGGUCAGUCUUCACAUGUUUUCACUCUGGGCUGAGCCGUUCCAUUUAUAGCUGCUCUCGCGCUGCGGCGAGAGGGUGCUUCAGCGCCGUAUGACAUUGCUGUUCCGCUUUUUAGCCGAGCAGGAGAACUUUUGUAUGACUUCCACUGAGCAAAACAAUGUUACGUCAGAGACAAGUUGUUUGGGAUAAGUGUCACAAUAAGUGCAACAUCAACUGUCAUAUUGCUGUUCAUGCUCGAGUGCUGUCUCACCCACGCCCCCCCACCACCACCACAACCACCACCACCCUCCCACCCAGGAUAUCUACUGACACUCAACCCUCCCUCUGCCAAAACAGACUGCUGGCAAGGUCUCAUAAGGACUUGGAGCGCACACGUCAUCCUUCCUUCAACACUCAUGCCAAAUCAUGUUCUCUUAAAUUACAGUAAUGGAGCAAAUCCUAUGCAUUUCUCAUUGUGCAAUAUGUAUAGUUGUCUGUGAUGCAGCAGUGCCAUCUGUCGUGAAAACCCUGUAAUUGCCAUCCAGUACUCGUGCUCCUACAAGACCUUUGAUCCUAUGUACAUUUCUGUUUAAGGAACCCCAAGUCUUUGUGGGUAAUCGAAGCCACCGGGUCUCCCCGCCAUACCGAUGUGAUCCUCCCCAGUCGCACAACUCAGUGAACCAGCCAGCCUUUAAUCUUCACUGUUUGUUUGUUUCUAUCGCUCAUUGGGAACUCUGACCUAAAGAACUGAAACUUUUCUUAAAAUAAGAAUCUAGAGAAGGCAAAUUAUAUGUAGAAAUCAUAGAGUAACUAUAGAGAUUUUAUCAGAGUUGCUAUUGUUAUCUGUAUCACAAAGAACUGCUAUCAUAGAAGAGAGUAGAUAAUGUUAUUGUAGGCUCUGUACAGCAUACAGGGAAAGGAAAAAUGCUUUGCUUUCUUUCUUUCUUUUUUUUCCCUCAUUUGUUUGUUUAUUUACAUGGUUUUACCGAUAUGUUUUUUUAAAGUACAAGAGAAAAUAUUUAAAACAAAAUUUUAUGAGUGAGCUUUUUUUUUUUCUCUUUUUCCUUGUUGACGGUGUCUGAAUUAAUAAAGUUAUUCAAGGCCUUUUUUAGACGAUAUCCUAAAGUCACAUUAGCCAGGCCUUCUCAGGGGUAACAGGUUGAGCAAAUGCUAACAUGACCAUCCAUUCAGGGUAUCCCUCCAUAUCUCUAGAGAGCAGGAAACACUGUAUGCAUGGAUGGAUUGACAAAAAACAAACAAAAAGACUUACAGUGCUGUACAUUAGAGAGGACAAGGGAUGGUUUUGGAAAAUAAAGCUUUUAGAACUUGUAAAAAAAAAAAAAAAAAAAAUGGUUUUAAUGUGUGUGUGAGUGUGCAUCAUGGGUACAACAGGAAAACAGCAGCAUCCCAGAAGGCAGUGCUUUGAUUCUCACUGAUAUUUGAGCAAUAACAAUAUGUGGGUGGCUGCGUGAGGAAAGAAAAUGACAGAUAACUCAGGCAGAUGAUUGCUAAUGAACAAACAGUGACAACACGAGUUCUCAGAUUCACAAAGAUGCUCAACGUUGCCCUCGUUCUUGAAUUAUGUUCAGUACAUUUCAAUCAUACAAGAUUUUUAAUUUUAUUUUUUUAAUUCAAAAUAUUAAACUUAAAAUCAUAAACUUAUUAAUAAUCAGUCAGUAAAAGCUAAGAGCAUUUUAUACAGCACAUAAUCCUGAGUGUGCAGGUGCAGGUAGGCAGGCUUCUCAGCGACACCCUCACAGCAUCUGUUCAUCUGGCAACAUCACAGCCGCUCAUUUUCCAGCCAUUUCAGGGAACAACUUGCGACAGCAGGGCUGGUGUUAACCCGCAGAUACAUUGGUGAAAGCAAAUGGAAACAAGUUAAGCUACCACGUCUGAGCUCUCUUACAUCUGUUACGCACAGAGGAGCGAUAGAAUAAUAUACCUGAGUGGCUGAUGUGGUUUACAGACAAGCUAAUCUCCUUUAUCUUCAGAUGAUUCUCCACAGAUGGCCGCUACAAUACAUUGUGCUCUGGAUUGGCUCCGGCUACAGCAGGAAGAUUUGUUAUUGAACAGUGAAUCCUCCUGGAGUGUGGAACACUAUCUCACUGUUUCUCAACAUCUGCUGUGUGUUUGCCAACAUGAUGCAGUGUGGUUGCCUGUCUCUGUGCUGUGGUUCCCGUCAUCCCCAAAGCCGACCUCAACACAUCUGUCCCUGGAGUCUUCAUAUGCGAUAAACUGUGACUCUGUGCUUUCAUCUAUCACACCAGAUCACCGUGUACUUAGCUCAGUUAGCUCUGUAUUAAUUUUCCAGUCUUCCUCUUUAUUUGAAGGAGAGCCCUUGGAUUACACACUGAUGUUGUCCUCUACGCCUCAGGCCAAGCACCAGCCUCUCCUUUGUGGAAACAUGUAGAUAAGCACGGCACCUCCUAUGGUGCCGAUCAAAGGAAAGCCAUUGGAUCCUCAGCACUUCCUAAAGCCGGUAGGAGGACAUGAUGACCUUGCUAAGCUGCGACACUGCUCCAUUAUCUUAUCUUAUAUGCUCUCCAUGGAGGGAGCGACACCCUUAUCUCCUGCUGCGGUGGUCAGCCAACGCUCCUUCACUCAAGAGUCACGACUUUUACAAACAAGGCUUCAGUGUAGGUGUGUGUGUGUGUGUGUGUGUGUGUGUGUGUGUGUGUGUGUGUGUGUGUGUGUGUGUGUGUGUGUGUGUGUGUGUGUGUGUGUGUGUGUGUGUGUGCGUGUGCGUGCGUGCGUGCGUGCGUGCGUACACAAGCAUAGGCCUUUAUGAAUUUUUACCAUUAAUCAGAGGCGUGCAACAAAGAUGGGACAGGACGGGGAGAGGGUGAGUCAAACCUGGGACCAUGGUGUGCAGUAAGGGUCCUGAACAACACGAGGCCACCACGACACCCUGUGACAUAGAGACAAAAAACACUACAGGAACUGACAUGGCCAGUUUUUCAACUGUCCACUGUCAUGACUAAUAAUGUAACACAGUGGCUGAAAUAGCCUAUAAUUGAUCAAAUUAACCCCAGUAGCACUUUAUUUUACAUAUUUAAGAUAUGGGCCAAUUAGUAGAAAGGUCAAGGUAAAUGUAUGUGUCUCAACACUAAUUACCUUGAAAUAAAUAAGGCAUAGUAGAAAAGUGCUAUGUGCAGUAAUUAACUACUAAAUAAUGAUGUAUUUGUUAUUUGGUACAUAAAAGAAAUUAAUGGCAAAUGCACAACAGUAAACAAUGUACUUAUAGGUAAUUGUACAGUAUUUUCCAUGUAAAUAUGCUGUAACUGUGGCCAUUAAAAAGGUAACUUCCUCCUGUAA